CGGGCGGCCCAGCCGGGCGGUGGCAGAUGCACCCAGCAGUGGCAGCCACCGGCGGCGCACAGGUGACCAGUCUGCGGAGCAGCCUAGUCGGGGGCGCCCAAGGAGAUCUGGCUGGAGAGGGAGGUCGAUCCGCCCCCAACGCGCGUGUCUCGGCGCCAGGAGCCGUCCCGGGGCGUGUUGGCGAGCGCUGAUAUAGAUAUAAGGACAUUUCUCUCCAUGGCGUCACGUGACAUAAUUACCACCAGAAUCAAUCAAGAUGAAUUGCACGUCAGCGCCCGGUGGGGAUUUUUGCUUAGUUGAUCCUGGCCCAAGCCUCUUGUGCAAUCAAUGGCUCAGGUUGGCGGCGCGGGGAGCGGCCCAGGGCUCGCCGGCGCGCACGCCGCGGAGCCAUGAACGACUUUGACGAGUGCGGCCCGAGCGCAGCUAGUAUGUACCUGCCCGGCUGCGCCUACUAUGUGGCCCCGUCGGACUUCGCCAGCAAGCCGUCGUUCCUGUCGCAACCAUCGUCCUGCCAGAUGACUUUUCCUUACUCUUCCAACCUGGCGCCGCACGUCCAGCCGGUGCGCGAGGUGGCCUUCCGCGACUACGGCCUAGAGCGCGCCAAGUGGCCGUACCGUGGCGGCGGCGGCAGUGGCGCGGGGGCCGGCGGCGGGGGUGGCCCCGGCGGGGGCGGCAGCAGCAGCGCAGGGGGCUACGCUCCCUACUACGCGGCCGCGGCGGCGGCGGCGGCGGCAGCGGCGGCGGCCGAGGAGGCGGCCAUGCAACGCGAGCUGCUGCCGCCCGCGGGCCGCCGACCGGACGUGCUCUUCAAGGCGCCGGAGCCGGUGUGCGCCGCGCCGGGGCCGCCACACGGCCCUGCGGGCGCCGCUUCCAACUUCUACAGCGCCGUGGGCCGCAACGGCAUCCUGCCGCAGGGCUUCGACCAGUUCUACGAGGCCGCGCCCGGGCCCCCGUUCUCCGGGCCGCAGCCCCCGCCGCCUCCCGCGCCCCCGCAGCCCGAGGGCGCUGCCGAUAAGAGCGACCCCAAGACGGGGACCGGUGGCGGUGGGGGCAGUCCCUGCGCCAAGGCCACCCCCGCUUCGGAGCCGAAGGGGGCGGCAGAAGGCAGCGGGGGCGACGGCGAGGGACCCCCGGGGGAGGCGGGGGCUGAGAAGAGCGGCGGCACAGUAGCCCCCCAGCGGUCCCGGAAAAAGCGCUGUCCCUACACCAAGUACCAGAUCCGCGAACUGGAACGCGAGUUUUUCUUUAACGUGUACAUAAACAAAGAGAAAAGACUCCAGCUCUCUCGGAUGCUCAACCUCACUGACCGGCAAGUCAAAAUCUGGUUCCAGAAUCGCAGGAUGAAGGAAAAGAAACUGAACAGAGACCGUCUGCAGUAUUUCACUGGAAAUCCCUUGUUUUGAGAGCUCCAGCAAGCACCCCUGUCCCCCAAGCCCCACUCACUCACCCUCCUCCCCACCAGCCUGCUUUCGGUAGGCCCAAUGUCCUUGGGUUUAAUGACGCCUCUUCUCUGUGGAACUCCACCAUUCCUUCCCACGGUCAACUCGGGACCUCCCAGCGACCACUGCUGCCUGCGGACGAGGCCGGGGACUUGGCCGAAUGGAUCCUAAUAUGGGGAAAAUGGUAAAUGCAAACGUCCCUUUACAAUUUUACCGCCAGUGUGCUGUUGUUUACCCUCUCUCUCUCUCCAGGUCCCGGUGCGGACGCUGUGGGAUCUGUAGAGAGUUAGGCCUGGGCUGCAAGGCACUUGUUUUUGUUCUGAGUUUAAGGGACCCUGUCCUCCCCCCUUGGUGAAUGCAGAUUAUUUAAACUCUGGGAAAUGUACCUUUGGUUUGUCCGAUCGAGGCACGAGUCACUGUCUUUUGUGUGAAUAAAUGGUUUCUAGUAAAAUGGAGGUUACAGCUUCAAUACACUGUAUGGAUUUUCCUCUUUGAAUAAUUUUAGUGUCUGGUUAGGAUAUUUUAGUGGCCAAAAUUUUCUCCCCCAUGCAACUGAAAUUCAAGUGAAAUGCUUUUUA